UUCUGCACUCCCGCCCCUGGUGAUGGCUAAGCUAGGCUAGUACAAAACUCAGCCAGCUAACCGUUACCCGCUCCCGUUAUCACCACUCCCUUUAAUGUUCUCCUUCAUCCCAGCGGGACGUUUUAUUCACCAGCACACACCGGUUUUACAGAAAAGUAUUUAUUCUGUGAGAUUUAUCGUCGAUCAGUUUGAUCUGAUCUACGGAUUGCCCCCCCCAGUCUCAGCUAAGCUAACUGUUAGCCCACAGCCAAAAUGGCGGACAACGAGGAUGACAGCGGCUCGACCAGAACAAUAACAGCCGCGGAGCCUCCGGGGGCCGCGGGACAGACCCCCGCCCCCCAGAGCACCCAGCCCGGUGAAAGUUUAUCUUCAGAGGCCGUCGCUCAGUGCACCCAACCCGGUGAGAAUGUGUCUGCAGCGCCCGCCGACCAGAGCGGUCAUCCCGGGGAGAGUUCACAAACAAUACCCGGAGCAGAGACCACUGAGCCCGGGGAGAGUUCACAAACAAUACCCGGAGCAGAGACCACUGAGCCCGGGGAGAGUUCACAAACAGUACCAGGUGCAGAGUCCAAUCAGCCCGAGGAGGGUGCCCCGACAAUAUCUGGGGUUCAGCUGGCGGACUUCUUUCAGAGCUGCACGGAGGAGCAGAGCAUCCUGGUGGGCACAGACUUCACCGGGCUGGGCUCGGACCUCAGUAACACUACAAUCAUCUAUGUGCAGCCGGACGGCAGCCUGUUGGAGGGCUCCGGGCUGACGGCGGAGGAGCAGCAGGCUCUGCUGGAGCAGCUCACCAAGCAGCAGAUCGUCCAGGUGUCGGACACCGAGGCGGCCCAGCUGCUACAGCAGGUCAAAACCAUCCCGGUCCAAAACACGGCCCUGGACCCCAGUCAGCUGCAGCAGGUCAUCAACCAGGUCACAAAGUCGCAGCAGCAGGUCCAUGUCCAGGUCCCCCAGCAUGGUCCUAAGCAACAGGUCCAGCAGGUCCAGGUCCAGCAGAGUGUGAAGCAACAGGUCCAGGUUACUCAGCAGACUUUAAAGACCCCUGCCCCGAAUAACGCGUCUCAACAGCUGAAAAGUGUUGCCCAGCAGGUAGCCAAGCAGACCAUUAGCCCGGUUCAGGUGCUCCAGAAGAAGUCUGAGCCUGUCAGGAUACAGAUCCAGGUUCCUCCCAAACAGGAAGUCAAGGCAGGUUCCGCCUCCCAGCAGAAGACUGUAGCUGUGAAUCAUCCGCAGGUGAAGCUGUCAGCCAAUGGCAGCGUGAGCAGUGCUCAGAUCAUCCACAUCCAGCCCAUGGUUGGUCAGCAGGGCCAACAGUUCUUCCUGCAGCAGAACCCAGGGGAUCCCCCCAUCCAGCUGCUAUUACAAAGCCCCGCCCCCAUGGUCGGAUCUCUGCUCCCAGUGGUCCACAAGGUGGCAGGCCAGGUCAAACCAGCAGGUACCACACCCAGUCUUGGUCAGAAACCUGCAGUGUCCCCCAUUAGAGUCCAGACCCCCUCUUCUGUAAGUGCGCCGCCCUCAUCCAUCGUCAAGAAGACCACGCCCAGCUCUACUACUAAAACUGUUAGCAUUCCGCUAAUCAAAACCCCAGCUAACGGCACUAGGACAGUCACCAGUAAGAGCCCAGUAAAGUCACCUGCAGUCCCAGCAUCCCCAGUAAAGACCACCACACCUGCUGCUGCCACAGUAGCCAAAUCCCCUGCAGCCACGCCUCCUUCCACUCAACCCCCUACUAUGAAAGAAAGAGACAGAGAAAAAGAAAAGGAGAAGAAGUUAAAGAAGCGAGAGAAGAAGGCGGUGAAGGUACAGACAAGAUCAGGACGAGUCUCCAGACCCCCAAAGUAUAAAGCCAAAGACUACAAGUUCAUAAAAACCGAGGACCUGGCUGACAGCCACCAGUCCGACUCCGAUGACUACUCCGAUAUGAGUGUAGAGGAGGAGGGGGACGGUGAAAGGAAGGCUGGCUCCGCCCCCAGCUCCUCCUCUCACCUCACCUACAGCCACAAGUCCCGUUCCCACCGCUGCCAGACCUGCGACAAGGCCUACAUCGGACCUGGAGGUCUGAACCGGCAUUACAAACUGAACCCAAGCCACGGGGACCCCGAGCCUGACAACCCGCCCAGCAACACACCGCGCCCCCUCAGAGAGGAUAGCCAAUCACAGGAGACAACUUCAGCAGGGGUCAAAGAGGAGGAAGGGAAGAAGAAGGAAGAUAAACCUGUUACUAUGGCAACAAGCAGAGUGGUGGAGGGGGGUCCAGCAGCAGCCGUGGGACUCAGGGGCCUUCAUCACCGGGGCCCCGGCAGGCCCAGAGGACGAGGAAGAGGCAGAGGGCGGGGUCGAGGACGGGGCCUGGGCAGACCACUGGGACCGCCUCCUAAAGUGACAGUGGGCCUCCUCAGUCGGCGGGGGAGGCGGGGGCGACCUCCAAAGCUUGCUGUCCCCACGGUAACCCCAGAGCAGCAAGCAGAGAGGAGACGAGACCGACUGCAGGAGCUAGUGGAGCAGUGUGAAGACGAGGAGCUGAUGGACAUUGUUCUUCCUCGUUUAACCAAAGUGUUGAGUCUGUGGGAGCUGCUGCUGGCAAAGGUCGAGCAGGGGGGUUCGACUCGGACUCGGUUUCCAGACAUUUACCGUGAGUUUGAGUCCCUUCAGACUCAGGUCAGGCAGGCUGCCCAGGAUUACAUCAUCAGUCCGCAGGUCGGAGCCAUGCCGCUGGAGGUCAGGAACAUCGAGGUGGCCCGCUCCCUUGGGAUCCUGGACGAGGUGAAUAGGAUGAAGGUGCUUCCUGGAGCGUCUCCCAGCUCCAGCCUGACCAAUAAGAACGUCCGAUACAUGGAGAAUUCCAAGAUGCUGCCGCCUUCAAAGAGAUUCAAGAUGGAGAACAGCGUUCCAGUUCACCAGAACGGCAUCGAGACGCCGAAAACAGGUGCGACUUCAUUGACCUCUGUGACCCCUUCGACCCCUGCAACUCCUGCAACCUCAUUGUCCCCUGCGACCUCUGUGACCCCUGCAGCCUCUGUGACCCCUGUAAAUUCCACCCCGAAGCCUGUCUCUGCUCCUCCACUGGUGGUUCCAGCUGAAUCCAGCACUGCGUCCACCACCAGCUCCUCUGAUAGGACGCCCUCCACACAGGCCCUUCCUGCUGCCAUACCUAUGGAGGUGUCUUUAGGUGAGGACCAGAGGGAGGAGCUUCAGCAGACGCACCCCCAGGUGGAACCUCUCGCACAGAGCCAGGACCAGGUGUUGAGCAGCAGUGACAUCACAGGCCAGAAAGAUGUGAGUCCUGAGACCACGGCAGACUCAAAGACACCUGACACACCUGAGUCCAGCUCUGCCCAGACUCCAACCCCCCCUCAGAAGGACUCCAAGGAGCUGCAGGAGGGUCAGGAGAUCUACAUCCAGACAGAGGGGAUGACGGUCCAACUGGCGGAGCCUGGAUUGGACGGGAUUGUGAUCGUGAACGGGCCGGACGGGACGACCAUGCACAUCCAGACCCCAGAGGGUGUCCCCCUGGAGGCGGUCCAGGCCCUGCUUGGAAUCGAGGCCUCAGACGGGGAAAAAGCUCCUCAGUGAUUCAGAGUCCAGACUCAAACUUUGAUUCGGUUCUAUUCCAAUGAUAUAGAUACCUUUUUGAAACCACAGAAACAAGAAUAGAAUCCUGGACACCUGAGAUCGGAUCAUUUGUUGUUUUUAAGCGUAAUCCGUCUAAAUUGCACUAAUGUCUGCAACUUUUUGACACCGCGAUUUAAAAAGGUGCCUAGGAUGUCUCUCUUUGUUACCGUGGUAACAGACAGGUAUUUAUAUCACUUAAUUACUUAGGAUCCUCUGGUACUGCGUUUAUUACUGUCAACAGAAGAAGAAGAAGAAGAAGCACUCGUUUCAAAUGUUCUGAUUGUUCGAUCUUUUUAGAAACCUCAUGUUAGAAAAUCCAACAAUCCGUUAUUUUAAUGAUCGAUGAAAUUAAAAAGUUAAGAAGCUUCUGUACCUGUUGGAGCAUUCAAAUCACAGAUUGUUUCGAAAGGUAUCUAAAAAUAUCGAACAUUUUGACAUCCUGGACUGAGAAGGUCGAGAACCGGACCUGAACUACAUCACAGCGACUGGGAGAGUCUGGACCUGAAGGUGGUCUCAGCUUCCAGAGUCCUCCAGUGCCACACAAACACACACCUCCACAGGUAACAACACCUGGGCUGACACACACCUGGACUCGGAAAGAGCUGGAUCUGCAGACACCUGGACCUGUAAAGGGUUCAUGGAACAACACCUAGACCUGUAAAGGGUUCAUGGAACAACACCUAGACCUGUAAAGGGUUCAUGGAACAUCUGGACCUACUGAAGUCUUAAAAAUGUCAACAAGCACUCAUCUCUGUCUCUUUGUGGGCGGAGCUUAAACACACCUGUUUAUCUCUUGUUUCCUGCAGUGCCCCCUUCAGGACAAACUGAACAUGAUGACUGUGGGUGUAAGGACACAUCAGCCUGUAGGGGGCUAUAACAGACCUUCGGACAUUUCUGUGGUUUCAGGUGCUUCUCUUAGCGCCACCAUCUGUUAAAACCACGAACCAGAGAGGCCGCCGAGCGACUUGUCAUGGCCGAGUCAUCAACUCUCUGAAUUUUAAAUAUUUAAUUUGAGUUGCUCAUAUCCAAUACUUAAAGUCUGUUAAUCUGAGAGAAAACGUAUCGGACUCUAGCUCAUAGAGCCGGUGAUGUCACAUUAAAGGGUCAUUGUGGUGUUUUUAACGGCUGUUACCUCACUCUCCAUUCAAACAUCAAAGCUACACAACAAAUAUCCCUGCUGUCAGCAGAAAUAAAGCAGAACCCUUCAGGUCACCUGAUUGGCUGUCUGAAGCCUACAGGUCACCUGAUUGGCUGUCUGAAGCCUAAAGGUCACUACAGGGUAGCUGAUCGGCUGUGUCUGAAGCCUUCAGGUCAGCUGGACGGUAAAAUGUGAUGACCUCGGGUUAACAGAUUCAGCACUUGGGUAUGAGCAACAUUAUCGUGAGGAGAUGAAGAAAUAAUCAGUUUGUGACCUUUGUGUCCUCUAUAGGCCUCCGUAUUCAGCAGUGUUAUUUAUCGUUCAGCCUGUUUUCUGAUUGGUUCGUUCAGUUCUCACCUAUGAUGACGUCAGCGGUGGCUCCUCCUGCUGGUUUUUAAGGAAUCUGGGGUGAUUGUAAAUUUGUAAACUAUUUUUUUUCUCUGUGUUUCCAUGUUUGGACUUGUUGUUCAUUGAAAUAGAAGCGGAUUAGUUGGCUGUUUAUAUGUAGAUAAAUAUGGAAAACAAAGUUUAAAAGAAGUUGCACUAUUUUAUUACUUUUUAUAAAACUUCACAGUGAAACAUUUUCCAAACUGAAGGUUUGUACUCGUGUGGAGAGUCUGGCUGAGGGAGGUUAAUGUACUGAUCUGUCAUGUUGAAGGUUCCAGUGCUGAAUGCAUCAAACACAUUUCAUGUUCCUCCAAUAAACUGAUGAUGUGACGAGGAUGUCGUGAA